AAACCUUUAAGUAUACGGAGUGUCCACUUGAACCCGAAAGCCCACCCGGUGGUCUUCUACUUUGCCUUUGCUUGUUGCUUUAGGAAUAAAAAGUAUAAUAAAAUAUCUAAGACUUCUCUCUGAUUUUGACUGGCUAGUAUUCAACGGGCAUUUUCCAUCUUACAGACUUUAACUCGUGAUUCUCUCUGUUUUGUUCUGUUUCUUUGUUUUGUUCUUGCUCUGAUUCUUUCUUGAUUUCUUGGAGUUGGUUUUCCCCAGUCAUCUGCAAAAAGGGGGAGAAGUUUUGAUCUUGCUGUUUGGAGUAAUGGUGGGUGCUCUGUUUGUUGUUGGCUCAUCGGUGAUAGAUUCAUGUUUAUGUUUGGAUGCUCACACGAGGAGCAAGAAGAUCUAUGGCAGUGCAAGAAAGUUGGAACUAGGGAGCUCUUUUACUGGUUCUAGCAUUGUUUUUAGGCUUACUUCGAGGCGUGUACCAAGGAUUUCGAACCGGAGAAGCAAAAGGAAGCUCUUGAUUGUGAAUGAGGACGUUGCUGGGAACUAUGAUGAUACCUUUGGGGAUGUCAAAACGCAACUUGUCAACUAUUUCACAUACAAAGCUGUGAGGACGGUUCUUCAUCAGCUAUAUGAAAUGAAUCCUCCUCAAUACACUUGGUUCUAUAAUUAUGUCGUAUCAAACAGACCAACCGAUGGUAAACGAUUCCUCCGCAAACUCGGCAAGGAAAAUCAGGAGCUUGCAGAAAGAGUGAUGAUCACGCGUCUCCACUUGUAUGGAAAGUGGAUCAAGAAAUGUGACCAUGGGAAGAUAUACCAAGAUAUAUCAGAUGAGAACUUGGCUUUGAUGCGUGAACGCCUCAUGGAGACGGUGAUCUGGCCUUCUGAUGACUCAAACUCCGAGGUUAUUGGCUGAAGAAGGAUGUCACACCACAGCCAUUUGCUUCGUCAACUCGCUUCAGAAGUUUUAGGAACUUGAGUUUUUUUCUUUAGUUUGAUUUACAUAUAAUCAUACAGUCAUUGAGCAUUGUGUAUAUCAGUAUAUGUAUCUAUUCUUUCUUGGCAUGUACUACAUCCCUUCUUUGUGCUCGGACACUUUCUC